AUGGAUCUCUACUAUCGCUCAGACGAACCUUCUGUAGUCCCCUCACCUCUGCCCCAAUCUGUUGGAUAUGGCGUCGUGGUUGCUGCUGGUUUGGCAUUUGCCUUUGGCAUGAUGGGCUUGACCGCGAUCCUCAAGAAGACCUUGAACGAAGACAAUUCCAAAGUGGAAACUUUCAUGGUUGCCAACAGAACGGUACGAACCGGUCUUGUCGCGUCUGCUGUCGUUUCGUCAUGGCUAUGGAGUACCGCCCUGUUGAGUUGCGUCCUAGUAACCUACAGCUAUGGAAUCAGCGGCGCAUUUUGGUAUGGCGCUGGUUGCUCGACUGUUAUUGUCUUCUUUGGCUACCUGGGAACCGUCUGCAAAGGACGCGUCCCUGAAGCCCAUACCAUUCUUGAGGUCAUUCGCAUCCGAUAUGGGACUAUGGCUCAUUUGAGCUUCACAUUCUUGGCUAUUGUUAAUAAUCUGCUCAAUACAAUCAACAUGAUCCUAGGCGCAUCGGCGGCAAUAUCCUUCUUAACAGGAAUGCACAUCAUGGCAUCGACCUUCUUGCUUCCUUUGGGUGUCGUUCUCUACACACUCGUUGGCGGUAUAAAGGCAACGUUCCUUACUGACUACAUCCAUACUUUCGCGAUCCUUAUUCUCAGCUGCUGGUUGACAGCCAAGGUGAUAACAUCGGAAUCUGUCGGUUCAAUCGGACGUCUUUACGAUCUCGUCGUCGCCGCUCAGUCGAACCAUGUUGUUGAAGGCAACUAUGAGGGUUCUCUACUCACCAUGACUUCCCAACAGGGUAUCUACUUCGCUAUCAUCCUCCUCACCUCCAAUUUCGGUGCUGUUGUUAUGGAUACGGGAUACUUCCUCAAAGCAUUCGCUGCUUCACCAAGCGCCGUUGUCCCAGGCUAUGUGCUGGGUGGUAUCUCUUACUUCAGCAUACCUUGGUCGCUCGGUACUAUUGUGGGGAUGGCUUCACUGGGACUCGAAGCUCUUCCAAUCUUCCCAACGUAUCCACGGCUCAUGACCGGUGCUGAGGUUACGAACGGCCUUGCUCUUCCUUACGUCGCUGUUGCUGUCGCUGGCAAGGGAGGUGCCGUUGCCGUUUUGCUCAUGACCUUCAUGGCUGUCACCUCAACUUUGUCAGCACAAAUUCUUGCCGUCUCUUCCAUCCUUACGUUCGACAUAUACCGCGUAUACUUCAAUCAGGAGGCUUCCAACAAGCAGGUGAUUCGAUGGGGACAUAUUGGAGUUGUAGUCUUUGGCGUUGUAGCUGCGGCCUUCACUGCCAUGUUCCAUUACAUUGGAGUCGACAUGGGCUGGACACUCUACAUGCUCGGAAUUCUUACGUGUCCCGGCGUGAUUCCGCUAAUCUUCACCAUAAUCUGGCGCAAACAGACUAAGCUCGCCGCUAUUAGCUCCGCAUUCCUAGGAAUGGCGACGGGCCUCGGAGUCUGGCUCGGCUCCGCAUACACCUUUUCCGGAGAAGUAACGGUCGCGUCUACGGGAGGGACCCUACCCUGUAUGUACGGCACCGUUGCAUCUUUAUUCAGCCCAUUGCUAUACAGCGUGGUUAUCACAUAUAUACGACCUGAUAAUUAUGACUGGAGCCAUUUCAAGGAACAAAGGCUAGCUGUUGAGUCUGAUGAUAGCUCCAGUGGAUCAGAAAGUUCUCAGGGUAAAGGCACUGAACAGGCUACGACAACGGAAACGGCAUCAAAUCAAACUUUUGAUGGCAAUAAUCAGCACCGAUGGACUAAAUAUGCUCUGUGGUGGGCUAUCGCUACGUUUCUUGGACACUGGGUAUUAUGGCCACUACCAAUGUACGCGGCGAAAUUUAUUUUCAGUCAAGAGUUAUUCACUGCAUGGAUUGUCGUGUCUCUGAUCUGGCUCUGGUGGACUCUCAUCAUGGUCGGUUUCUACCCGAUCUGGAACGGUCGUGGUCAGAUAGCCGCGGUUACACGAAGCAUUUGGAGGUCCCGAAAGUCUCAGUCAUGA